UGUUCUCGCUCUCGAGGGGGGUUACAACUUGCAGUCGACAGCAGAGGGCGCUGCAGCGUGUGUCAGAGCUCUGCUGGGAGGAGCCUGCCCUUUCCUGACUCCGCCCUACGCUCCGUCUGACAGUGCUCUGCAGUCCAUCUCUCAGACGGUCUCAGCUCUGUAUCCUCACUGGGCCUCUCUGCAAACACUCGAAGGCAGCCGAUUGGCUGAGGGGCGUGUCAUCAGAGCAACAGCCAAUGAGAAAAGCACAAAGCACACUGAGCCGCCUCCCUCGGUUGCCAAGACAACAGGACUGGUUUAUGAUGAGAAGAUGAUGGAGCACCUGAACCUGUGGGACAGACAUCACCCUGAACAGCCUCAGAGGAUCUUUAAAAUCUUCUCCAAACAUCAGCAGCUGGGAUUGGUCGGUCGCUGCAAACGGAUACCAGUUCGCCUAGCAACAGAGGAGGAGCUGUCCACCUGUCACAGUGUGCAGCACAUCAAGCAGAUGAAGGCCACAGCAGAGAUGAAGCCCAGAGAUCUGAACAAACUGAGUCUGGAGUUUAACUCCAUCUUCAUCAACAACCAGAGCUACCAGUGCGCUCUGCUGGCGGCAGGAGGCUGCUUCAGCGCUGUGGAGAGGAUCCUAUCAGGAGAGGUGAGUAACUGCGUGGCGAUCGUCCGUCCUCCCGGUCAUCACGCAGAGAAAGACUCUCCGUGUGGUUUCUGUUUCUUCAACACGGCAGCGGUCACAGCUCGCCACGCACAGAAAAUAUCCCAUGAUGCACAGCUGCGAGUCCUCAUCCUGGACUGGGACGUUCAUCACGGCAACGGGACGCAGCACAUGUUCGAGGACGACGACAGCGUCCUGUACGUCUCGCUCCAUCGCUAUGACAACGGAUCGUUCUUCCCGUCCUCAUUGGACGCCGCCACGGACAGGGUGGGCGUGUCUAAAGGGGCGGGGUUUAACGUCAACGUGGCGUGGAGCGGCGGGCGGAUGGGCGACUCCGACUACCUCGCUGCCUUUCACAGUGUCAUCAUGCCGAUCGCCACCGAGUUUAACCCCGGUCUGGUUCUGGUGUCGGCCGGGUUCGAUGCAGCUCGAGGGGAUCCACUAGGGGGGUACAAUAUGACGCCGGAGGGAUACGCCCACCUGACUCACCUGCUGAUGUCACUGGCUGGGGGGCGGGUCCUACAUAUACUGGAGGGAGGUUAUAACCUGUCAUCCAUCUCUGACUCCAUGGCGAUGUGCACAAGCGUGUUGCUAGGAGACCCUCCUCCCUCUUUGGCGACGCCCCUCCCCCCUCCUCAUCACAACGCCGUGGCAACGAUCAACGAGGUCAUCCGACACCACGCCCCCUACUGGAAGUCGCUACGGAUACGCAUCCCAGAGUCUGUCCGGGUGUCCCUGCCUUCCCUAAAGCAUCGUGGGAAACGUAUUUUUAAAGGAAAAGGCAAGAAGUCAGAGCAAGGCAGCACAAACAAACCACCUCUGCCCCCUACAGAACCAGAGAAAACAACAUCCAAUCAGGCGGAGUGUGGUCUAGAGCUGCUCACGCAGGGAUUGGCCGGUUUGGACAUCAGUCAAACUUCAGCCAAUCACACUCCUGCUAAAUCCACAGAAGUGGGCGGGGCCAGGCCGAAGGUACGGCAAAGCCCGGAGAAGGUGGAGUCAUCUGCAGUGACACCUGAGAACAGCCAAUCAGCUGACAGUACACAACCUCAGGAUGUUGCCGUGGCAGCUCCAGAGUCGGUUGCCCCUGGAGACAAGCCUGCCAGUGAAGAAGGGGCGGGACCGGAGGAGGACGGAGCGUGUGGUUGGUCGAAGCCUCAGACGUCUCUGGAGCUGACGUGUGGAGGACAGGCGGAUACCCCUCUCUACGUUGUGGACCCUCUCUCCUGGUGUCCUCACCUGGACGUCGUUAAGCCCCUCCCCCCAGCAGGUAUCGACAUCUUCCAGUCGUGUAAGGACUGUGGCUCCGAGGCUGAGAACUGGAUCUGUCUCACCUGCUACCAGGUGUUCUGCGGUCGUUAUGUUAACGAGCACAUGGUGACUCACGGCGUUGUGUCUGAGCACCCGAUGGUGCUGAGCUUCUGUGACCUGUCCGUGUGGUGCUACCUGUGUGAGGCCUACGUGCACAACCAGAUUCUGUAUGAAGCUAAGAACUCAGCCCACUGCGCCAAAUUUGGAGAGGAGAUUCCUCCAUGGAGCUGAGAGGAAGACGAGGAGGUGAAGGAGAAUGGGAGGACAUGAUGAAGAGGAGAUUUAGGUGAAGAGGAGGAGAUGAAGAUAAGGAUACAGGUGUAAAAAUCUGAAUGUUGUUCCUGUUUUUCUGUCCCUCUUCUCUCAGUGUGAUUGGACCUCAAAUACAGUGUGUCAAAGCUGCCAAAAACAAACACAUGCAGAAGUGACGUUUUAUAUUUUUUAACUGCAGCUCAUUAUCAUCAUCAGCACAAACUUUAUCGAACAAAAAAGAGACAGCAGAGGAAGAAGAGUGGUGGCGAUGUCAGAAAGAGGCCACGCCCACAAACAGUGACUCAAUAACGUGAAAUCUGCAGUUUUAUUUUUGUUAGACUUUUUGCAUGUAUUUGGUUUUCUUUCAUAACACACUUGGAAGAUGUUAGUUUUGAUUAAUUACUUCCAAACUCCCAUUACUUCCUGCAAUAUAUCUGCCUUCAAAAGAUGCCACAAAUGGCCGAUAACGAUCGAUGUCUAGCUCACUUUACUUUUUUAAUAAUUUAUUACUUUGUAUAAUGUCAGAAAAUACCUAAAUCAAGUUGGUUUGUUUUGCAAACAGGUUGCCAUGUUUUCUUGUUCAAAAUAAGGAAAACAACUUUAAAAGAGAUUAGGUAAAAAGAUCAUGUUCUGGGAAGAGAAACAGACAGAAAUAAAGAAUAAAAAAGGCAUGAUUAUUUCAACGUAUAAUCUGCACUUUUUAAUUUAAUUGUUUUACUGUUUCUGUAUAUCACGCAGUCUGACGGUAUUGGAGCAUUACCUCACUUCAGAAGUGUUUGAUUUUCACACCUGUUAAAUAUAUUUUAUUGUUGGAAACAAAGUUAUGCAUCUUUAAACUUAGCAUUUUGCGUAGCUGCACACUCUACUGUUUUGUAUUAAGGUUUCCGCUUUAGUUUGACAAGUUUGAACAUUUGGUGUUUCUGUCGGUUAAUUAAACUUCUGUGUUUGAAUAUGUUUUCUCUUUAAAGCUGAGCAAAUGUGAACAAACCAGUUUGCAUCGCAGGAGCGUUGAGUGUGUGCAAUAUUACAUUUUUUUGAGCAUCCUGUUUGUUUUGUUUCUAUUAAAAUGUUUGUAUAUUUA